GUGAAUUUUAUUUCAAUUUGUUUUGUUAGUUUUUUUUUCCUUUUAUUUUUUGGUAUUUUGUCUUUUUUUGUUGGUUUUGUUUUUGUUGUUAAGGACUUAGUUUAUUUUAUUGAGUGGGAUAUUAUUACCUUGAAUUCUAGUUCUGUGGUUAUGACUCUUCUUUUUGAUUGAAUAUCCUUAUUUUUCUUGGGUUUUGUUUUUUUUAUUUCUUCUUUAGUUGUUCUUUAUAGAGAUGAUUAUAUACAUGGGGAUUUGAAUAUUUAUCGUUUUAUUUAUUUGGUUUUGUUGUUUGUUGUUUCUAUGAUGUUUUUGAUUUUAAGACCUAAUUUAAUCAGAAUUUUAUUAGGUUGAGAUGGUUUGGGGUUAGUUUCUUAUUGUUUGGUUAUUUAUUAUCAGAAUUUUAAAUCUUAUGGUGCUGGUAUGUUGACUGCUUUGUCUAAUCGUGUUGGUGAUGUUGCUCUUUUAAUAUCUAUUGCUUGGAUGUUUAAUUUUGGUAGUUGGAAUUAUGUGUAUUAUUUGUUUUUUAUAAGGGGUAGAAUGGAAAUGAAUUUUAUUUCCUUUCUUGUUGUUUUGGCUGCUAUAACUAGGAGAGCUCAGAUUCCUUUUUCUUCUUGAUUGCCAGCUGCUAUGGCAGCUCCUACUCCUGUUUCUGCUUUAGUUCAUUCUUCUACUUUAGUUACUGCUGGUGUUUAUUUGCUUAUUCGUUUUAGAUGUUCUUUUGGUGAUUCUCUUAAUAGAUUUUUGUUGUUGGUUUCGGGUUUAACUAUGUUUAUAUCUGGUUUGGGGGCUAAUUUUGAGUUUGAUUUGAGGAGGGUUAUUGCUCUCUCUACUCUUAGUCAAUUGGGGUUAAUAGUUGGUAUUGUUUCUUUUGGUUUUCCUGAAUUGGCCUUUUUUCAUCUGUUAACUCAUGCUUUGUUUAAGGCUCUUUUGUUUAUGUGUGCGGGGGUGGUUAUUCAUGUUAUGGGUGAUUCUCAAGAUAUUCGUUUUAUGGGUGGUGUUUCUUUUUUUAUGCCUUUUACUUCUUCUUGUUUGGUUGUUUCUAGUUUUGCUUUGUGUGGUAUGCCGUUUUUGGCUGGUUUUUAUUCUAGGGAUCUUAUUUUGGAGAUGGUUUUAUUAGGUUAUUUUAAUUUUUUUGGUUUGCUAUUGUUUUUUUUGUCUACUGGUUUAACUGUUUGUUAUUCUUUCCGUUUAUUUUAUUAUGUUUUGUUCGGUGAUUUUAAUUUGUCUUCUUUUUGUUCUUUUGAGGAUGCUGGUAAUAAUAUAUGUACUGGUAUGUUGGGUUUACUUGUUGUUGUUAUUUUUGGUGGUAGAAUGUUGAGAUGAUUAAUUUUUCCUACCCCUUUUGUUAUUUGCUUGCCUUUUUAUUUGAGGACUUCAGUUUUGUUAGUUAGAAUUUUGGGUGGUUGGUUAGGUUAUGAAUUAUCUAAGGUUGAUUUAGGUGAGUUUCUUUUUUCUAUAUUUUUAUAUAAGUCUUCUUUUUUUUUUGGGUCUAUGUGGUUUAUACCUUAUGUUUUUGUUUAUGGUGUUUCUUUGUUUCCUUUGAAUUAUGGAUAUGUUAUUAUUAAGUCUUUUGAUUCCGGUUGGAGAGAGUUUUUUGGUGGUCAGGGUCUUUUUUGGUUUUUUUCUUUUUUGGCUAAGGGCAAUCAAUGGUUGCAGUAUGGUAGUCUUAGGGUUUAUAUAUUUUUUAUUGUUGUUUGGAUUAAUUUGUUAGUUUUUUUUAUAUUUAUGU